AUGUCUUUACUCAACCGUCUGGCCAGUCUCACGCCCGCAGUGCCUCCGGGUGCUGCGCUGGCAGGCACCGUUACCAUACCCGCAUCAUUAGGCUUUGUUCCCGUCGCCGUGCACUUUGAUCUAUUCCGGGCAUUGGUUCGCCAUGGAGGCCCAGCAAGCGCAAAGGAUAUCGCCGAUGCAGUCAACGAAGCUAUCCAGGCAGACGGAGAAAAUAAAUCGAGGAUCCCGCUCCUUCUCGCUGCCGACACGCUCUACAUCAUGGCUGGUCUUGGGCUGGUCGAACGCGUGGACGAAGACUGUUUCGUGGCCAACGCUAUUACCCGCCACAUGGUCGACAUGCCAUCGGCGCAGCAUGGUGCCGUACACUUUUGUACCGAAGGAUUAAUGGCUGGUGCCUUUUUGAUGAAGCAGCUCCAGGAUACGAACUUUGCCUACCCCUUUGAUGAAUGCAAUGGGCCGUUCCAGUACGCCUACAAGUUGAUGGGCCAAGAGGAGCUCGCCAAGCAGCAUGCGUACUCCAUCAUGGAGGAGCAGGGUCGUAUGGACAGCUUUAAUCAGUUCAUGGUCGGCAAGUUCCUCAAAUUCGGUACCUUUCCCGAACGCGUGGCAAGCGUUGGCUACGACCUUGGCGCCGUUCUGGGCGUGAAUCCUGAUAAUUCAAGCUCCGGUCUUCGCGACGACGAGGUCGCCAUGGUAGACAUUGGCGGCGGACGCGGCGAACUCCUCCUCGAAGUCCAAGCACGCUACCCCCAACUCCAACCGUCACAACUAAUCGUGCAAGAAUUCAACGCAGCCAUUGACGAUGUCCCUGGCGUGCGGCUGAUGGAGUGGAACUACAAGAUCUCAGCGGAACAGCCGAUCCGGGGAGCGCGCGUGUACAGUCUUCAACAUAUUCUGCAUAACCUGUCAGACCUGGGUGCCGUGGCGUUGGUGCAGAAGCUGGCGCGAGCUAUGGGCCCAGAGUCACGGUUGCUGAUUAUUGAGUAUGCGAAGAACUUGACGUAUACGAAUUUGCAUUCGAGUAUGAUUGCGUUGUAUGGAGGGCGCGAGCGCAGUUCGGCGGAGUGGCGGCAGUUGGCUGGUGUUUGUGGGCUGAUGGUGAGCUUUGAGAAAUAUGAGACGGCUGGGGAGUCAUUGGUGGAGAUGCGAUUGGUCUAG